AGCAGAUUGGGUAAAUCAGGGUCAAUGCCCUAACGUCGCCAAGACGAGCAGGCAGGUGGGUCUCAGGUGAAACGUGACGUCAUGAUGAUACUUUUGAACUCCUCGGCAGUAAAUCUAUAAAGGUGUGUGUAGUCUUACUGCACAGGUAGCCGAACCUUAGACUGAAGAGAAACAUAGCGAUACAGUCUGCUGGGAAAUAACAAGGAGACAUAACAUGAGCCAGGUGGUUUGAUUCACCGAGGUAUACCUGAGAGUCACCCUACCUGUCGGACGAGGACACCGGUAUGUACCCCAACUUACAGUCGGCCAGACACCCGGCUCAGACACUGUCACUUAACAGUCAGUACUUUCCGCCUCCGUAUGACUUCACAAGUUACCAUCACGUCACGGGAGUCGGGGACCCGUCGACACAUGCCUGGAACUCCGUCUAUGCUCCCCGGGAGGAAUAUCCGUACAGCUUCCCGGGGUCAAGCCCCAGCGCAGGGCAGGUCAGCGUCUCCACCCCGGAGCUGAGCAGCACGCCCACCGCCGCUGGAGGGGGAUCGUUCACCCCGUACAACUUCAUCUCCGGACAGGACCCCUUCAGCUCCAGGAGGAGAUCAAAUGAAUCCGCCAGACCGUCCGUUUCAGGUGGGACUUUCACACUGGUUACCAUGGCACCAUCAAAGACUCGCACUAAGGACAAGUACAGGGUGGUGUACACUGAUCAUCAACGCCUGGAGCUGGAGAAGGAGUUUCAGUACAACCGCUACAUCACUAUAAGGAGGAAGACCGAGCUGUCAAUGGCACUGAGCCUUUCGGAGAGACAGGUGAAGAUCUGGUUUCAGAACAGACGUGCGAAAGAGAGAAAGAUAACCCGGAAGAAGCAGCAGCCUUCUCAGCAGGCCUCCACAACUACACCCACACCGCCUGCACUGGGUGGACCCGCUGACACCUACAACAGCAACAUUAUGUCUGAUACGAUAUCAGAGGAAUACUAGGUGGAUUUUAUAUGGAAGACUGAUACUGCAUGAAAUAUGUACAUAGAGCCAUUUUAUUUUUUACAAGUUUAUCACAGAAUGAAUGAUUAUUCACAUCACCUUGAUGUUAAUGCUGCACCUCCUGCCUUUCAAUGACAAGCACUACAUGUGUGUUGCACUGAUCUUCUGUAGUAGGAAUUUGCCAAUCACAGGACUUUAAUGUAAUUAUUUUCAGUACCAAGAUACUGAUUAAAAGGACGAGAGUCCCGAUUAACAUUUGCAUGCCUUAUUUAAGAAUAGCUGAUAAACUAACAAUGAAAAAAGCAUUUCAAUAGUUCUUUUUUACAUAAACACAAUGCUAAAAUGUGUCUGAAUCUUGGUUAAAAGUCCCAUGGCAUGAAAAUGACUUUAUGAGUUAUUUUUAACAUUAAUAUGGAGCCUGCCUAUGAUGCCCCAGUGGCUCGAAAUAGCGAAAAGUGUAAACCCAGCCCUGGGUAUCCUGCUCUGCCUUAGAGAAAAUGAAAGCUCAGAUGGGCCGAUCUGGAAUCUUGCUCCUUAUGAGGUCAUAAGGAGCAACGUUACCUCCCCUUUCUCCACUUUGCCCGCCCAGAGAAUUUGGCCCACCCUUGAGAAAGAGAGCAACAUCAUGGCUUUCAAACGAGCAAAGUGGCAGUUGGUCAAGGUCACACCCACACCUUCCAUCUUGACCCCCCUCUCUCCUCCUCAUUAGCUACAGACUCAGAAAUGGCACAUACUAAGGAAAGCUCAUUGUGGGACUGGCUCUAGAUGCUGUAAUUUGAGAAAGAGACUUCAGAUACAGUAUUAGGAGACCACUAAGGUCUAUAUAAAAGCAUCCAAAAAGCACCAUGCCAUUUUAUAUAAAUGACAAUAAGUUUGUUUUGUCUAUAGUCGAAUAUCUGUUUUAUUAUUAAGAAAAUUGGUUGAACCUAACCCAGUUUAUUUUAAUGAAAUGAGGAAGUGCUUCUCAAGAUCACACUAAAAAGUAAAGAUUAUACCAAAAUAGUGAAAGUGUAAGUAAAAUGAUGCCAAUACAUUUCUUUAUUAGCACUUGAAUUUACAGGAAUUAGAUAGAGAAGGGCGUUGUUUGUUACUACUAAGAAAAGAAGAAGAAAAAAACUUAAACAAGAUGGUGCUGAAGUUCAACAACCUUUUAAGUUUUUUUUUCUGUUGAAAUAUUGAUGCAUGAUCAUAUAAGUAUAAACUAAUGGGUUUUGGUUAUGGAUGAAGGCUGAUGUGUAUGGUGUAAUGGAAAUGGUAAAUGGACAAAAAAAGAAAAGCAGUACUUAUUUGAUAUGAAAUCACAAAUGUCAUUUGGCAUUUUCUAUUUAACAGAUUUUCAUAUUUACAUAAAAACUAAAAUAAAAAUCUUUAUCACACACAACAUUGUCAGAACAGCAAGGAACUGAAAGCAAGCAUGUUUAAAAAUGACUGUGGAUAAAUAUGUUCAGACAGCAGCGUUUAGCCACAUCCUGAAACAGCUGCCGCAUGACUCAUGAUCUACCAACAUCCACGUGCCGCUAAAUACAGACAGGCAUUCAGCUUUUAAGUAUUUUCAGUGAAAAAACACACUGCUUAUUUUGUCAUUUGGGACUGACUGUACUGUAUGUAUUAAACGUUAAAUUAUGCACUACACCAGUUGUCUGGGUAGCUCACCUGAUAGAGAGCACGCCCAUAUGUAAGGGUUUACUCCUCGAUGCAGUGGCGGUUUGACUCUGACCUGCGGCCCAUUCCCUCUCUAUCUUCCCAUUCAUCUCUUCAGCUUUCCUAUAAAUAUGAAGGCCUAAAAU